AUGUGGAGCAGAGAGCUUGUCUCCACGAGAUGGCAGGAGCUCCCUUCCCGCUUCCCGGCCUCGGGAGCGGGCGCUGGCCAGCACAGGCUCCUCCUGAAGCGCUCGUGUGACAGCAUCGUUAUCCACGGCGCUCACGGCUCCGGCACUUCGCUGUGCCCCAGCUGCGGCUCUCUCAACACGGUGGGAGCAGGAGAGCUCUGGGCUCCCCUGCCCUUCCCGGCACUGCCGGGGGUUUGUCCCCGAUCCCGGGGCAGGGCCGGCUCUGGGAGCUGCAGGGCAGGUCCCACCCCAUCCCUGUCGGGCUCCAGGUGGGAACUGGAGGGGCUCUGCCCACAGGUCCUGGCCUACUUCACCUUCUGCCUGUGGCUGAUCCCCUUCGCCUUCUUCGUGUCCCUGUCGGCCGGGGAGAACGUCCUGCCCUCCACGGUGCAGCCCGGAGACGACGUGGUGUCCAACUACUUCACCAAGGGGAAGAGAGGGAAGCGCUCCGGGAUCCUGCUCAUCUUCUCCUUCAUCAAGGAGGCCAUCCUGCCCAGCAGGCAGAAGAUCUACUGAGCCGGGGGAGCGGGGACGGAGCCGGGACGGAGCCGGGACACCCCAGACUGUGCCGAGGGCCCCACAGCUCAGCCAGCCCUCCCCCUGGCUCCCGAGGGGAUUGCCCUGGGAAUGGAUGGACUGGGACACGCCUGGAGCUGCCAGACACACGGGGAGGGCUGGCACCGCGCCCUCCAGCUCUGCUGAUCCCUCGGGAACGUGGCCCAGGAGGAGGUCGGGCUCCGGCUGAGCCCGGGAGGGUCCGGCCCCGGGAAGUGUCACCUGUGGGAAUCCCCAGCCAGAUGUUUGUGCCUGGGGGGUUUUGGGGAGCAGCUCCCUCGGGAUGGCACAGGACGGGCUCCAGCUUUCCCUGAGGUUUACACAGAGCCAUUAAUUAAAAAGGAGAGGAGGAAUUGGAAUAAA